GUUGAGUAUGAAAUCGUUGACCUCUCAUGCGGUUGCUCCUGUGCUUUCAAGCAUUAGUUGAGAACAACUAAGAACCAGAACACAAGAACAGUACCCCAAACCCAAUGGAUUGUGACCCUUAAACCAAUCUUCUUACAUUAUUAAUCUUCCCAAAUCCUGGUAUUUUCAUCUGGGUUUUCUUCAAAAUCAGUUCUUUUUUUCUCGUUCUUUAUAUCUCCUUCCCCAUUUAUUCUUGUCUCCCUUCUUCUGUUCUUAGCAGCUUCUUUUGUUGAUCAUCACUCAUGUGGGAUAUUUAAGUCACAGGAUUAUUGUUAUGGCAGUUGCUCCAGCUGAGAGUAUUGCCUCAUUGAUUAAUGAUCUCUUUUACGACAUAUUAAGACGUCUUGACGGCCCUACGUUGGCUUGUGCAGCUUGCACUUGUACAUCAUUCUGUUCCAUCUCAAAAGAAGAGAUCUUAUGGGAAAAUGUGUGUUCUUCAAUGUGGCCUUCAACAAACAGGGAAGAUGUCAAAAUUUUAAUAUCUUUUAUUGGUGGAUUCAGAAAAUUCUACGCAGAUUGUUUUCCUCUUAUUGUUAUCAAGGAGGUUGGAGAGUAUCAAUGGAACAGAUAUCAUGAGUACCCUGAUGAUUGGACUGAGGCUGAAUAUUAUGGGGAUAUGAAUGAAUUGGAAAGCAUCUCUCCAUCCGAUUUUGUUUCCAUAGUGGAUAUCAAGUUCAAAGAGAAACCAAUCUGCUCCAAAGUUCUAUGGGGAAUUCCAAACGCAAAUGGCUAUAAUGGGUGGUUCUACAACUGUCCUUUCCGGAUUGAUCUUCUGAGUUGUGCUGAUAGAGAUGAUAACAAUGAUGGUGUGUUUACCCUUUCUGUUUCUGAUGGACUGCCACCAAUUACUUCUAUGGAAAGGGAAAAGAAAGAUGGGAAGCUAUGGCGGGAACUUCGUGAUGGUCUCUUGCUUAGUUGGAUCAUAGUAAACAAGAAAAUUAAGCGAUCUGCUAAUCUUGCUAGCUGGAGCCCUCUAGAUGGACAAAGACAUUGGCCAACAGACAAGGAUUUUGUCUUUCGUUUUGGAUCUGUUCUCUCUGCCAAGGACGUUCUUCCUUCUCAAGUAGUGCAGUGCAUCUUUAUUAUGAAGUUUAGAGUUGUUCACACUGAACAAGAGGGGUUUCAAACAACUCUUAGAUCAACAGAGCUGAGUAUGCAGUUAGAAGACAUGGAAGGUGCGCAUGUUAAUGGGAGGAAAAGUUUGCUUAUUCUUAAGAAAGCACUUAGUUGCCGAAGAAGCACAAAUUACAGUGAAGUACUUGAAUCUUGUCUUGCAUACUCAAAAAUGCAAAAUAAGUUAAAAGAGGAAAAGAUUAGAAACGAAAGUAGGAUUGAUACAAUUUGUAUUCUAAGUAGCAUUUUUGCUGUAAUGACAUUCUGGUACUAUGUUUUGUGAUGUGGUAAGGCAUUGCUCAUUUUACUGAAAUAAGCUAAUGUUGAUCUAACAACAUAUUAUCAGCUUUGGCUCUCUCUUAUGUAACACAAGAUUUCAAAAUAAAGUAAAUAAUCAAAGACAGCUUCAUUGCGAGAAUUGAAGUUUUCUUGGUUUGAACCUUCUGCAAAUUGACGGUAUCAGCGGGAGCUGGUAUUACAAAAAUAUUUUCACUGUUUGGAA